AUGUCUCGCAUUUUCAUAACCGGUGCCACAGGAUACAUUGGUGGGGAUGUUCUCUUCGCCCUCACACAAGCCUUUCGCACCUCGCAUAUCUCGGCCCUAGUUCGGAGUGAGAGUCGAGCAUCUCAGCUCACAAACAAGUUUCCAUCCGUAACUCCGGUCAUUGGGGACUUAGAUUCCACCGCCAAGAUCUCAAGUGAAGCCUCAGAGGCCGACAUCGUUCUUCACCUCGCCAGCUCAAAUCACCUAGCCAGCGCCACUGCCAUUGCACAAGGGUUGAUAGAAAGCAAGCGUCAAAAGCCAGUAUGGAUUCAAAUCUCCGGUGCAAGCCUUCUCUCCGGACCCGAUAUCACAGCUAAUGCCUAUGGCGAACCACGCUCGCAAGAAUUCAAUGAUUUACACGGCAUCUCCGAAAUUCGACGCAUCAUCACUUCUUCGCCGAAGCGCGCCGUCGACAACCUCCUCCUUGGUCUCUCCGCCACGAAUCCUCACAUCAGAACGGCCAUUAUAUACGGACCACUGAUCUACGGUCGGGGAAGAGGCUCCGUGAACCAGCGCAGCAUACAGCUCCCAGAUCUAGCAAAAUCAACUAUUCAGCACGGCCAUGGUCUCCAAGUCGGCAGAGGUCUCAGCUGCUGGAGCAAUGUUCACGUCUCAGAUAUUGCGCAAUUGGUUGUGAGGUUGACGCAGGAAGCGUCUAACCCUCAAAACCCAUUGAUUUGGAAUGAGAAUGGGAUUUAUUUUGCUGAGAAUGGAAAGAUGCCGUUUGGGGAGAUUUCUCAACGGGUAUCUUCGUUUGCUGCUGAGCAAGGCUUUAUCAAAGACCCCACCGUCAAGAGUAUCGAUGCCAAUGCUGCAGACAAACUGACUGCACAUGGUGCCGUGCUGUGGGGAACGAAUGCUCAAUAUGCUGCUGCUCGGGCACGAGAACUGCUUGGUUGGCAGCCACAGGGCUCCAGUCUUGAGGAGGAGAUUCCGCGAGCUGUGCAGGAGGAAGCAUCACAGUCCAAUGCCAAGCUGUAG